UUGGAGUAUAGUCACACCGCGGCCGCCAACCCUCUCCAUCCUUCAUCUCCUCUAAUUUGUUGCUUCUACCGCAACCUCUUUUCCAAGGAGCGGGACUUUUCUCUUAUUCUACUGCUAUUCUAUUCUAUUUCACCCUUAACAACGGUAGUCUGCAGCAUCGUAUUCGCUCUCCAGCCCAAAAAUCACACAGUUCUUUUUCAUAUGGCUACUCCGAAGCACACGACAAGGCUAGGGUUGUGUAUAUUAUUUCAAAUUUGGAUUGGUGUUAUGUUUUUAUAUCUUAUACGAAGUAUUUCAAGUGGAAAGGAUAAGUAUUUUGAUUGUCAUAGAGUCAAAGGUGGAUUUGAGUGUCGAUUUUGCAAAGACAGACUUCAAAAGCCUCAAAGAAAAUCAUGUGCUCAAGAAAAAUCAUGUGAACAAACCAUAAUUGAAUUGUUGUGGUCCAGAAAAGAAAACUGCAGGGCAAAAGAAGCCAUUUCAAAUUACAAUAGAAUUUAAAAAACGCCAACAGAAAACCAAGGUGUUGAUGGUGUGUGCUCUUUGCUCUCAACUAUGGAGGAUUGGAGGCUGACACUCAUUUUGGCAGCAAGAACAUAUUAGUAGUUUUGGCUUUUAAGAUCAUGAACUUUUUGAACCUUUGAGUUGUAAUUGCUAUGUUACAUAUGUAUGAAUGGAUGACAGGUUUUAUUUUUGGAUUUUUUUAAAGACCUAGUUAUUAGAUAAAGUAAAAAUGUUCGACAGUUCGUGUAUUCUUGCAGGUGAUCACUGUAAUCAAGUCAUUAAUAGCAGGUGCAAUAGUUGUAAAUAAAUGUCUGAAUUGGGAACACCUAAAGAUGACUUACGAGAGAUACGAGUGGUCCUAUUUGAACUUAAACUGUG